GCUGCGUAGAUUAAAUACAAAGGUCAGCACCUCCCCCGCGACCUCCCGCGCGAGCGCUUUCCCUAUCCCUCGACCAUCGACCCAUCCAUCAUGUCGGAUUCAUCUGUCAAUGGCGACUUCCUCGCUCCGGCCAGACCCUCGAGCUCUCCCAACUCGAAAAGGAAAGCCAGCGACGCCGGCCUCCCGGCUGCCGGCACCAGGAUCCACAAAAGUGUCAAGAGACGUGCUUCGAAGGCCUGCCAGUCAUGCAGAGCUCGCAAAGUACGCUGUAACGUGGUUGAGCAGAGUCCUUGCACGAAUUGUAGACUCGACGAGGUUGAGUGUAUAGUCUCAGAGAGCAAGCGCAAGAAGAAAUGGACAAAAUCCGAUGAAGAAGGACAUGCGACUGGAGGUUGCUCUCCUUCUGCUCACCACACCUCGAUGCCGCAGCCCAAUCUUAACUUCCAUGACUCACCUGGACACCUGCCUCAUUCCUUGUAUCAGGAUUUGGAUCCUCAAUCUUUCGACUCUGCCCGCCGUCAGAGCUUAGCAAGAUCUAUUUCCAUUCCCCAUGACCUGACAGAUAGCAUCUCCCUGUCAGGCGUUGAUCCAAACUCUUUAUUCGGUUUGCAGGCACAUACUCCUCCGCCACCGCAUCAGGCACUCCCUGCGUUCAUAAGAACCUUCCCUUCAACUUUUGGUCCGGAAGACCUGUCAUAUCUGGGAAAGAAAGGUGCCCUCACCAUACCACCACCCGCCUUGCGCGCUGCCCUAUUACGAUGCUUUGUAGAGAACAUCCACCCAUAUAUGCCCUUGUUGGAUAUUCACGAACUCAUACGUACUGUGGACAACAAUGACGCAAACUCCGCCAUCAGUCUCCUACUGUUCCAAGCAAUCAUGUUCGCAGCCGUGGCUUCAGUGGAUAUGGCAUAUCUGCAAACUGCUGGAUACACAAACAGAAGGGCUGCCAGACGCGACUUUUUCCAGAAGACUAGACUCCUUUAUGAUUUCGACUACGAAGCUGAUCGGAUUUCAUUGAUUCAAUCCCUAUUACUUAUGACUUUCUGGUAUGAGACACCAGAUGACCAAAAGGACAGCCAUCACUGGAUGGGUAUUGCUGUUUCUCUUUCGCACACUAUCGGUCUUCAUCGCAAUCCGGAACGCUCAAAUAUGGCCCCUAAACAGAGACGUCUCUGGAAGCGCAUCUGGUGGGCAACUUACAUGCGUGACCGUCUCAUUGCCCUUGGAAUGCGCCGUCCAACCAGGAUAAAGAAUGAGGAUUUCGACGUUCCUAUGCUCACGAUAGACGACUUCGAAUUCGCCACGUUGAACAGCCAGUCCUCAUGCAUUCCGCCCAGCUGCAAGAUUAUGCAAGACAAGUCCAUGCAACGAGAUCUGGCUAUCAUGUGUAUUGAGAAAGCCAAAUUGUGCAUUUGCAUCAGCCACGUCUUAUCAACACAGUACUCUGUCUUGCACAACAACCACGGCGUGCAGAGUCAAGAAGGUACCACACGUACAACUAUGAUGCUUGUAGCUCGCAAGGACGAUCCCGAGAAAUGCUCUGUCAAGGCUUGCGACGAAGAGCUUAAGCAGUGGAAAGCAUCAAUCGCGCCUGAGGCAAAGUACAAGCCCUCUUCACUAUUCGACCUCACAGCUGGCAAAGGAGCGAUUGCACUUCACCGCUCGCUCCUACAUAUGAUCUAUCUGGCUACACUUUCUGCGCUACACAGACCGCAGGUACUUCCUUCAACUGCUGCACCGUCUAGAAAGAUGGCUUCGGAGGUGUUGGAUACAUCACGCAGAACUGUCCGCUUCGCUGCCAACCGACUUACUGCAGUCGCUCAAAACCUGAACGAGCUUGAUCUCAUCCGUUGCUUGCCUACCUCUGGUAUCACCGUUCUUCUUCCAGCCAUAAUUAUCCACCUACUUGACAUCAAGGCGCCGGAUGAGACGACCCGACGCGCCAGCUUGCAGGGCUUCUGCCAGUGCAUGCAGAUUCUCAACAAACUGCGUGAUAUCUACGCAGCCGCAGACUACUCGACCGCGUUCCUCGAAGCAGCGAUUCGCAAGGCAGAAAUAACGCUUCCUCCACCUAAGAUGGGCCCGCCACCACGACCUGCGCACGUGGCCAACAUGUCCAACGUAAUGAAACCAGCAAGAUCAAGUCUGCCACAUGUCGGUCGCUUGACACCGCCACCAGAGCUUGCUGCAAGUGCGAACAAUGACCAGCAGUCGCAACCUCGCCAACAACAAGGCGACCAAAGAGACCCUCAAGUCUCCGAAAACGAUUUGGCUCAGCAUCUCAACGAUUUCCUCGCCUCUACACCUCCAGGCUCUGAGCACACAACCGACAGCCAGAUUGAUGAUACUACGGCAGCUGCCUUCAAUAUCCCUGCUCUGGAUGCUGAUUUCGACACUUUGAUCAAUCUGGAUGCAGCUGGUGAAUCGUUCACUUUUGACGACGGCACUUUCCCCACCAUGCCUGCUUUCGACUCCAACGAUGGCGGAUUCAUGGACAUGGACUGGAUGAGGCACAUGAACACUAAUGAUGAUAUUACUUUUGGCGUUUGAGCGGCAUGACCUGAUAGACGGCAUACAGUACGGCUUUGUUUUAAUUCAUCUGGAUUUUGGGUUUACUUGCACCUCAUACUUUUGUACAUUUUUUGUCAUGUUGAUAGCUCAUUAGACUGUACUCCAAAAAGUUCUUUUACAAUUUAAUUCCGUCCAGU